AUGAAGCAAUAUUUUGAAUUCGAGAAAAGAAAGAAGGAAAAAUUGGAAAGACAACGAUUAUUGAAUACUGGAGCAAAUACUACUACUACUUCUGUGAAUUGGAAUACUACCAAAAAGGUCAAAAGAUCUACGAAUCAAAGUUUAGAAGAACCUUUUCCAUUACCCACUUAUGAAGAAUACUCAAAGAUUAAAAAUGAUUGUUUACUGCUUCCAAGUUUUGAAGACUAUUUAAAAACCAAAGGUCUAGAAAUCUCUGAUUUCGUAAAAACUAGAGAUGCAUGUGAUACUUUUCCAACCUAUGAUGAAUACGUUACUAAAUUUGCUAAAUACGCUCUCGAAGAAUUAGGAAAUAGAAAAUCUAAAAAUACCGAGACCUUUGGAAAUCAGAGGAUUGGUAGAACAGGAAGACAAGUUUACUCAGAUUUUAAAGCAGCUGGAGAGUUUCAAUAUCUUGAGAACAAAUCAAAUAAUCUACUAAGACAUACAACUGAAGUAAUGUGUGAUAUCUUUAAUGAACAUACUUCUCUUCUUGAAACACUAAUAAGAGAAAAUCCUAGAAGAUACAUUCAAAAACAACUAAAUCAUUCAGCAAUACGGGUAAGAUCAAUGGAUACUAAUGACGAUAUUAUUCAAGUGACAUUUUGUAAAGAAAUUGAUGAUUCUGACAUUGAAGUUGUUGAUCUAACACAUUUUGAUGGAUUCAAGACAAGUUUAGCUUUUAAUCAAGGACAAAUACCCAUUAGAAUUAAACAAUUUAGAGACAAGAUUUGGUAUUACAAGAACGAUCCAAGUGGGGGAAUAAUUUCUAGUAGCCUAGCACUACAUCCUAUGGCUAAUAAUGUUACUAAUUUCAAAACCUUUAAAGAGUUCGAUCUAAAUUUCUUAGAUGAUAAAGUAAUCUUUCAUGAGCAUAUUCUCCUUGAUACAAAAACGAAUAUUGAGGAAGAAUUAAUUAAUGAGAUGCGUGAAAAAGCUGAUGUAUCCAUUGAUCUACACUCAAAUAGUCAAGAUGGAAUGAUUCCUCAUGAAAUAUUAGAUGAAGUUUCUAGCAUCUUUGAGAAGUAUUACAUUAGAAUUUGGAGGAUUUAUGUAACUAUUGGUGUUACUCUCUUUUACAUAUUUAUAGGUAGAUCUAUUUGGAUGGUCCUUUCUCCAAAAACAUUCUUUGAUUCAAGAAAAAAUAUAAAUCCGAGAAAUAGGAAUCCAAUUUUUGUGAGAACAAAAAAUCAUUUCCAAGGUGAAGAUUACCAAGGUGUUGAACUGCAAGAUUUCAAAAAUGAACAUAGAAGAUCUCUUGUUGUAGACUAA